GGCAACCGACGGUCGCCGCUGCAAUUAACAAUGCUUCCGCGUGCACUUCUGCCGGCCGAUCUCGAGCGUCGAAUGCCGUACGUCGCGCGCAGUGAAUAGCGAUGCAGAGAGCUCUAAGUGCGUAGCGAUCGGCGCGAGGGAGUCGGUAGGCGGUUGGCGCACCUGGGAGGAGCGAGCGAGAGGCCCGGCGACCCGGGAGUCGCACCUCGGCGAGCGGCGGGCCGGACCGGCCAGCCUCAGGCAGCAGCCAGUGCCCGCCCGUGCCUCCACACGCGCUCCUUCGCCCGACAAAACAAUGCGCCGGUGGUGCGUGUAAAUACGCGCAGCGGCUAUUCGGGGAGCAGCGGAGUGCUGGCAGGCAGGGCUCCCAGCCGCCUGUCAUGUGUCAGCGACCCUGAGGCCGCCGCCGCCGACGACGACUCUUGUUUAUAUCGAUCACGUGGUGUUGUCAUUCUGACGCGGCGCAUCUGAGUGAACGGCGGCCGGCAUGCAGCGCUGCCCGUACCUGCACGAGAUGAAGGAGCGGCUGCUGUCGCAGAGCUCUAACCCCGACCAGACGUCGCUGCCAGACUCCGGCGCCGCCAUGGACACGCGUGCCGCCUCUGACGUUCUCGAGGUGCGGCAGGAUCCCGUCGUAGGCACCGUCGUCAAGCUCAACCCGGACGGCUACGGCUCGCACACGUCGCCUGCGCACCACUGCAGCAGCCAGCUGCUGGACGAGUCGGCCGACAUGGACAGCUUCGCGCCCAAGAACGCCAAGACCUCACUCUUCAUUAUUCUCAGCUUCAUAUAUGCCAAGCUGCUGAUUGUUAUUUGUAUAGCCUACGUCAUCUCGGAAGUUGUGACUCAAAACAUACCUCUACAUUAUUAUGAGGGUUUCUUCACAUAUCUAUAUGGAAUGAGCAUACUGUUCUUGUUGUACGUAUUCUGCUUUCUACUACAAGAAAGCGCCUGCUGUGCACCAGAAGUCCAGGCACCUCCACCUCGACCCCCUGUCAAAAAAUCUGAUGCAAAGAAGGCAGAAAAAGAGAAGAAAAAGAAAAAGAAAAAAGCUGCUGAAGCAAAGGAGAAAGGAAGUGCAGAAAGUGGUGGGGGAGGUGGAGGAGGCGGUGGAGGCGGUGGUGGAGGAGGAGCCGGCGGUGGUGGUGGAGAUGGAGGUGGGGGAACACCGGGAGGUGUUGGUGGCAAUAAUAAAGGCUCAAUGUUUCAGGGUGUUCUGCGCAACUUGAGAACCAGCAAAGAUGUGAAUUUGAAUGAUGGUGGUGGAGACAGUCCUACACAAGAAAAGUUGACUGGUUCAUGUGAUCCACCAGAGAUGGUGGAACUGGAGUCUGGGAGACCUGCACGUAAACGAAAAACUUCACAGAACAUUCACAGCCAUGGAAGUUUCUUUCUAAGAGUAGGUGCUAUAGCAUUUGGCCUUGGGACAAUGAUCUAUAAUGGACUUGAAUGUGGAGCUUUCUUCGAAAUUCCCUUCAACUCUCCUUGCUACCAGAUACUUCGAGGAAUUAAUCCAGUGUUACAGAUGAUUUUCACUUUCAUGCAGAUGUACUUUAUAUUCAUGAACUCAAGGCUGAAUAUUCAUCGCUUCAAGGUGGUUGCACGUUUUGGACUUAUGCAUGUAGUUGCCACAAAUUUAUGUGUCUGGAUUCGAACUUUGGUGCUUGAGAGCCUAAAAGAAAUUUCUGCAUACCAGCAUCGACGUCUUGAAUCAUUUUUGGCUGCAGAUGAAGAUAGUGGAGUUGAGUUAAUUCGUGGGCCGAGCAUCUUCGAUUCAGCCCCUGGUGCCCCCACUCUUGGGCAGGGGACAACGGUAGCUGCUGCUGCAGGCGCGGGAGCCACAAGCCUGCAAACGACAGCUAGGACAGCUGCCCACACCAUCGCCCGCAUCACCAACUCUACCUUACGUGCCAUUCUUGAGGUUACUCUUCCUCCCACAACCCCUAGUACUACUGUUCCAUCCACUACGGUCACUACCACUGCAGCUCCUACAACAACACUGCGUACCACAUCUACUGCAUUCCCAACCACACUUACCACACAGAGUCCUACCACUACUCCUAUUACUACCACAACUGCAUCUACAACCACAACAACCACCACCACUGCUGCUACUAUCCCUACCACUGCUUUGUUCUCACAGUUCCCUACGAUGCUUGAUUCAAUGGACUAUCCCAGAGCUCUUGACGUUAAUGGAAACAGCAAUGGAAGUAUUCCAUUCUUGGAUGGACCUUUUUAUCCAGCAGCUUUAACAAGUUUGAAUAAUGGUACCUCUAUUACAAGUGGUUGUGGUCGGGUGAACAUCAUGGGAACAAUUGUUCAGGAUUCUGCUCCAUACUUGUUUCCAUUUAUAAUUGAAUACAGCCUAAUUGGUGCUGCUGUGAUUUAUGUUAUGUGGAGACACAUUGGACGUCAUCCCAGAUAUGUGGAACAGGAAGAUUUGGAACAACGGCUGGAAGCAAUGUUAUCACGAAGAGCAGUGGCAAUGGCACAAGCACGUCGCCAAGGCCGUGUAGACUGUGUAGGUGCUAGCAAAGGCCUGUUCUGUGGCCUCCUGCUUUUGGUUGCAUCUCUUAUUUGUCUCAUACUUUUCUUUGUGAUGAUACAUCAUCAAGAUUAUGGACUGCUUGCAAUAUACCUGGCAGAUGUUUCUCACUGUGUGUUGAUGUCUCUCAGCAUAAUAGCUACUAUUGUUGGCUUCAUCAGAGUACAGAGUCUCAAAUUCCGUGCUGAAGAGCAGAGUGAUUUGAAUGACAUUCUCCUAAGAGUAUCUGCAUUUGGUCUGUUUGUGUAUGCUGUAUUUAGUGUGAUAGCUGGCUCCUUGGCUGCUUUUCCACAAGAACCCAAGUUGCUAAUUGUGUGCACUGGCUUACUGUCAAUUGUUCAGGUUGUACUACAGCUGUUGUUCAUUGCGGAUGUGGCACGCCGUCGUGUACAUCUCCCUGAACAUGACCGCAGCAAACCUGGGCGUCAAGUAGUAACCUUCCUCUUGAUCUGCAAUGUCACAAUGUGGGUCAUUUACACAUUUGAAGCACAGAAGGUUAUUGCUAAUCCUGUUCAACUUGAUUUCUAUGGAUUCCUUGCAUGGGCCAUAGUGCAACGGGUUACUUUACCACUUUGCAUUUUUCAUCGAUUCCAUUCAGCGGUCACGCUUGCUGAGAUUUGGAAGACUAGCUACAAAGCUCGACUUGAAUGAAAUCUACAGUGCUUGGUAAUUAUUAAGAAUAACAACUUGCCCUGAAAUCAGAACUGGUAUACAUAAAAAAGUGUUAAUGUGUAUGGAUUAACGAUGAAUUUUAUGAUUUAUGAAGAUGUGGUGUGUUCACACACUCUGACAAUGAAUUUUUGCCAUUGGUUUUCAUCUUCUAAAGUUAUUUUUAAAAACUAAAUAUUUAAGCCAAAGAUUAUAUCCUCAUGAAAUUCAUUAACAAUAAUUAUUAAUUUUGUUAAGAUAUUAGGUUUACUGAUAACACUUUAUGCAAUACCUCUCAUUACUCACACUCUUCUUGAAACAAUUGUCAUUAUACAUUACAUCUAAAAACUAUUCAUUUAUACAUUUGCAACUUGUUAUUUUUGUUACUCGCAUACAUCAUUAUCAAACUUGAUAGUCAUUUUCAUUGAUGAUAAGAAUGUGUCUGAGUCAUGUCUGACAGUGAGCAUAAAAUAAUGUUGAUGCUAUUUUUGUCUUAUGCUUACAACAAUUUGUCAUAUUUAUUUCUUCUGCAAAACUACAUUAAGGAACUUUAUUUCAUAAAAUACAUGAAACGAAAAGCAUGCAACUGUCAUUUGCAAUGUGCCAUUCCUUGCUGGUAGCACACCGGCAUUAACAUGUCAGCAUCAACAGAUGAAGAGAGUUCAGUAAUGUUUCCGCCUGACUCAUUAAUGUCGACACACUGGAGAAUUUAAUUCUCAUUCUUAAGGUGGUGUUUACCUUCAGAAAUAAAAACAAUAAAAAUUUAAGAAAAGUGAAUGGGUUAAGUAAACUUACCUGUUCAUCCGUGUAUACAUAUUAAGUUUAAGUGUCCAUCAAAAUAAUAAUCUACUAAGUUUGCAGAAGGUUGUGGUUGAUCACUCACAAUCAAACCACUCAACCUCCAUUACAGAAAAUAAUAUUUAUUCUUCUGUUGAACACAUUCAGGGUGUAGUCUUGCAGCUGUUGUAGUAUUAUUCAGCUAUUUUUUGUAUUAGAAAGAAACUGAUAUUGAAAUAAAGAUGAUGAUUUGACACAAGGCCACAAAACUAUGUUGAAUGCACAUGCCUUGUUGAAAUUAAUGACUUUCAUUUGAAUAUGCAAUGUAAGUAUGUGCCAAAUAAAUAAAAUAAUAUUAUUGUAUGGGCAGAAUGAGUAUAUUAAUGGGAAGGAUAAAGUAAAUAUUCAUUACCAGUACCACUUGAAGAUUACACCAAAUGUUUCACUGUUUUUAUUUCCUUUGUUGUCUGUUGUUAGUUACAAUGUAAAACAACUGAAGCAGAGAUCCCCUUAAAUGCAGGUGCUGCCCACUUUAAAUUAUGUAAUUUUUUCUUCACUGUGUUGUGAACUUAAUGGUUUCUGUGGAACAUGUAUUACUGAGCAUGAGCUCUAGUGAAAAACACUUCCAUGAUGACUUGAUUGUUUUGUACCAUAAUACACAAAAGAAAAUUUUAAAAUAAUAAUUGGCUACAGAACAAAGGUUAUACACAAAAAAUAUCAUUAAUGCAUUACUAUACAAAAACUGAAUAUCCUACACUGUACAAAUUUUUGCAAACUAAAUUAACAAUUCUGUGACAUCACCAAUGAGUAGACUUAAUUAAUACAGCAAAACAGAUGUGCUUUGUUGGAUGAGAAGUAAAUGUGUGUCAUAAAUAGUUAAGCAUCAAAUAUAAGAAUAAAUGUUUACAACUUCAAAAUGUAAAUAAAAUGGUUGUUUUGUACAUAAUUUAUCAUUGUUCUUGAUGUCUGUUCUAAGCCUGUACUCAAGUGAAAUAAAAAGAAAACCAUGAGAAAAUUUCUAUAGAUCAUGAAACUAUUGCUAAGCAUGGUGCGUACUAAAUUAACUCUUAUUGCUGUUAUAUAUAUAUCUAUAUGUGGCUAAAGAGGCAAAAGGUUAGUAACACAUUUUGUGUUGUUUCAUUGCAGAUACCUUCAUUAGUAAGUACAAAGUGACAGACUUAGUUAUGUAGUAGGUGAAAUAAUUUGUUAAUGUAGGUCUUCUCUAAAAAAAUUCAUUUUGUUCCAUUUUAGCAGUUUUAAACUUUGUGAGUUUUUUGGCCACCUCUUUUUUUUUUGCCAAUUGUCAGAAUUUUUAUACAUGAUUAUGUUGUGAUAAAAUUGAUUAUUACGUUUUCAUUGUUUAUUACAUUUCCCUUAUACAUUAUUUACCCAUAGGACACUUUUUUUGAAAGCUAUGAAAAUUUGUGGACCAUGAAGUUCCAAAGAAACAUGAAACCUGUUCAGCAUUUACCAUUCUACUCUUUUGCUUGACUUUAGAAAAUGAAAUAGUACAAAGUGGAUUAUAGAUAUCCAUUACAUAUAUUUUUUCCGAUAUAUAUCAUGAGUUGUGUGUACAUCUAUUAAUGGUUUGAAACUAUAUGUACAUUCACUACAAAUGUUUUCUAGACUCUUAAUACAAAAUAGCCAAAUAUUCUUUUAGAGUGGAUUAAUUAGGUUCUUUAGUAUUGGUAAUAACACAAUGUUUACUGUACUUUACAUGUGGUAUGUGUGAGAUUAUUUGCAAAUACCAAAUGUUUUUAGAGUUUUUAAUGUGACCAAAUUCAUUUUUGGAAAUUUGCUAUGUAUAUAUACACUGUCAAGAUUCUCACUGCCAACUAAUACAGUAUGUGUGAACUGUAAGUUAAUGUAACAUUCAUAAGCAUCUUACAGUGAUUCAGCAGACUAGAUUAGGAUCAUUCAUAUUCCAUAAGCAUUUGACUGAUGGCAGUGUUAAGUUGUCAUGAAAUUAAAAAAAGAAAAGAAACAGUGCUUCUUCAUUAUCUGCAUAGAAAACCAUUGCCAGGUUGUGCAAUUUUAUAAUCUCCCUCCAGUAUACAUUAUAUAUAUAGACAUAUAUAUUUAAAAAAAACAAUGGAAAGUAGUAGUACUAGUUUUUAAAAUUGAAUAUUUCCUUCUUACAAGUAAAAUCAAUGUUGAAAAUCCUCACUUAAUACAUCUUGAGAAUGGUCUGUUGUUGCCUCUAUCUGGAAUGUCAGAUAUGGCAAAUUUUGAAAAUAUUCAUUCUGAAUAGUUUCUGUUACAGUCAACUUUUGACAUAUCUUGCUUUAUCAAAGGAAAUUUAUACUUAAAUAUAGAUGGGGUUUAGAGUUUUUUUACUUUUUAUAAAUGUCAUAGAAAUUUUUUGAGAUUCUUCCAAGUUUAUUUUAUAACGUGUUUUGUACAAAAUGCAAAGAAUAUAUAUUUAGCUGACAAAAAUUCAUUAAUUCAAAAUAUUAUUUCUGUAACUAAGAGAACUGUGAAUACAGGUACUAGGUGUGUAACAUGCA